CCCACACUCAUCCACGUGUCAACUCAAAGGCCCCACCGGCGGAAAAUCGAACCACCGCACAAAAAAAGAUACGAUCCGCUUUUCCUCCUCUCUCACCGCGCUGUUUUAUACCGUAAUUUCUCACCGCCACCGCCCACCACCACACUCUAUAAUUACGCCACCACCACUCCCUCCCGCCUUUUCAGUUUCUCAUUCCACUCUUUCUCUCUCUCUCUCUCUCUGGCUUUCGUCUUGCUUUCCUCUCUCCGUUUCCUCCGCAAUUCCGGUGUUCCUUCUCCGCCGGCUAGGAGCAUGCCGAUUAAUUCCGUCGGAGAGCUCUGAUUCUUUCCUUCCCCGGCUGGCUCGCUUCGAUUCGUUUCGGAAUCGGAAAAGUCCGAUUCCAGUGAAUUCGGAUCUGGUGAUACAGCGAUGUCCAGUCCAUUGGAGCGCAUCGCCGGGCCUUGCUUCGAUGGAACGUCGGGGAACGACGAAAGGAGAGAGUGGAGAUCGGACUGGGAGAACUCGGAGGAGGAGAGGAAGACGAGGAUGGGGAGUUUGAAGAAGAAGGCGAUCAAGGCGUCGAGCAAAUUCAGGCAUUCUCUCAAGAAGAAGAAGAAGAGCAAUAAGAAAGGGCGCCGCCAUGGCGAAGAAGGAGGCGCUUCCUACUCCAACGCUGCGGUGAUUGAGGAUGUCUGGAGAGCCGACGAGCUCAAAUUAGUGGAAUCCUUCAGGCAGAUUCUCGCCGCCGAUGAUUUGCUUCCUGCUAAGCUCGACGAUCGCCAUACGUUGCUCAGAUUUCUUAAAGCAAGGAAGUUUGAUGUUGAGAAAGCCAAGCAAAUGUGGAGCAAUAUGAUAGAGUGGAGGAAAGAGUUCGGCACUGACACUAUUAUUGAGGAUUUUGAGUACAACGAAUUGGACCAAGUAUUGGAGUACUAUCCACAGGGUUACCAUGGAGUGGAUAAGGAUGGGAGGCCUAUCUACAUUGAGAGGCUCGGAAAAGUGGAACCCAGUAAACUAAUGGAGGUCACCAGUCUAGAACGAUAUGUGAGAUACCAUGUGAUGGAGUUUGAGAAGACUUUAAAAAUCAAGUUUCCAGCCUGCUCGGUUGCUGCGAAGAGGCGCAUUCAGUCGAGCACAGCUAUCUUGGAUGUCCAAGGGGUGGGUUUAAAAAACCUAACCAAGCCUGCUCGAGAGCUCAUUAUGCAGCUGCAAAAGAUUGAUGGUGAUAACUACCCUGAGACUCUCGAGAGGAUGUUUGUUAUCAAUGCUGGUCCUGGUUUUAAGCUACUCUGGAACACAGUCAAGUCUUUCCUUGAUCCUGAUACAGUGUCCAAGAUUCAUGUUCUUGGUUACAAGUACCAGAGCAAAUUACUUGAAAUAGUAGACCCAAGUCAAUUACCCGAUUUUUUGGGCGGUACUUGUACUUGUGCUGAUGAGGGAGGUUGCUUAAGAUCAGGAAAGGGACCAUGGAAAGACCCCGACACCCUUAAGGUUUUCAUUUUUUAUGACUUAACUAAAAACAUGUAUUUGAUUUGCUUCAUACGCAUUUUUACUUGCUUUCUUUUCAUUUCAAGGCAGAUGAAGAUGAAGACGAGUGAUACUUCCGCUGGUGAGUCAGGGUCUGAAGUUGAAGAUAUCUUCUCUCCAAAUAAAACUAAUAAGAAGCAGUUGCUUCCACGGUUGACACCAGUCCGUGAAGAAGCGAGAGAUGGUGGCAAGGCGAGCACCGCUGUUGGUAUCACUGAGUUCGAUGAAUAUGUGCCCAUGGUAGACAAGACUGUAGAUUCAGAAUGCGAGAGACAAUUGUCUUCAUCAGAACAAGGUAACUCCAAAGACAUAUCAUCGGCAGCUGAAAGGAGAGAGAAAGGUCCAGGAAUCUUGGAUCGAAUCUGGGUUGUGCUCGUCGCGUUAUUCAUAACUCUCCUUGCUUUCCUUCAUUUCCCGACAUAUCCAUCGAAGAAGAGUGGCGGCUUUGUGUCCGAUGCUGAAUCUUCAGUUCCUACCCUCGUGUCAGCAGUGGGGAGAAAGCUGGCUGAACUCGAGCAGAAGGUCGAAAUACUGCAGUCGAAACCUCUUCAAAUGCCGUGCGAGAAAGAGGAGCUGUUGAAUGCUGCUGUCUGUCGGGUGGAUGGACUUGAAGCAGAGCUGAUCGCUACGAAAAAGGCUUUGCAUGAAGCUCUAAUCAAGCAAGACGAACUUCUCGCCUACGUCGAUAAUCUCGAACAAGCCAAGUUCAAGAGGAGGAAGUUUUGCUUUUGAAGAGGAAGAGAAAUCAUUGUACAGAAGGAAGAGAGCCGCAAUCACACAAAUUACAGUUACCACACGUAUCAUAUAUUCACCAUUAUGUAAAAGAGAAUCCGCUGAGUGUAAUAAACUUUGUAAACAACAUUGCCCUUUUAGAGCCUUCUUUUCUCACUAAAAAAAUGCUCCUCCCAAGAUCCUGAAUGAAAGAAAUCCAAAAUUUGGUCUCUACUCUCUACAACCUGAACAAGAACAGAGUAUUCACCACCAUUCACAAUCGCCGAGUCUCUACUCGUAACCAUUAUACUGGAAGGUAUUCCAAGUGUUCUUCCUCUCCACAGAUCGUUCUUCAGGAAAAAGCAAUCCAUUCUCCUCCACCGCCGCCGGCGAUCUGGUCCCUUCCUUGCUCCUCAGCAGCUUCACCACGCCGUGCAGGGCGACGUCGACAUUCUUGCUCUUCAGCAGCUCCCCUGCAACCUCCGCCGGAGUAGCCUCCACCUUCCCCAACAGCUCCUUGAUCUCGCCGAACAGCUCGUGCUCCGUCUCCUCGAGGUAAUUGUACGCCAGUGUCUUGAACGCAGUGAACGUGCAGUACGACAUGUUCACCUGAACGUCGACCCUCCCCGGCCGCAGCAACGCCGGAUCCAGCUCCUCCUUGUGGUUCGUCGUGAACACGAGUAUCUUCUCUUCCACGCACGACGACCACAGCCCGUCCACGAAGUUCAGCAGCCCCGCCAUCGAAAUCUUAUCGUCGUUCUUCUUUGACGCCAAUGCGCGAUCGAAGUCUUCCAUUACGAGAAUAGAUCUAUUGCCGGCGCCGAUGAGGAGCUUGUGGAGGUGGGAAUCGCCGUAGACUUCCUUGAAAUUGAGGUCGUAGACGUCGAACUUGAGGUAAUUCGCCAUGGCGGCGACCAAGCUCGAUUUCCCCGUACCGGGAGGUCCGUACAGCAGGUAACCGCGCUUCCACGCUUUUCCGACCUUCCUGUAGAAAUCCUUCCGCUCGAUGAACGCAUCAAGAUCGGCGAUCAGCGCCUUCUUGAGCCCGGGAUCCAUGGCGACCGUCUCGAACGUGGCCGGAUGGUGGAAGUUGACGGCGCCCCAGUGCUCGUUAUCCCCUCUGUAGUCGAUGGCGUAGAGCUUCACCGUCUUCUUCACCUCCCUGAUCGAUUUCGCCGCCGCGAGAAUGUGGGGGAGGUAGGAGCCAAGAACCAGCUCCCGGUGCUUCUUGUGGAAGGUGAGCUCGAAGAAGCGGAUCUCCGACGGCUGAAGCCCGACGGUGAAUCCGCUGGUGCUGUAGGCCGGGGUGAAGUUAGGGUUGGAAGAGAGGCUCCACUUCAUCUUCGCUCCGCCGAAGGAAUCGACGAGCUCCUGGUGCUGGUCGACGGUGACGUCGAGGUCCUCCUCCUUCUCCGGCUUCAGGACUUUCACCCUGGCGGUGGACUGCGAGAGCUUGUGGGCGAGGUAGAGGUUGGCGGCGUGGAACAUCUGGUUGGCGGUGAGGCCGUCGGACUCGUCGAUGACGACGGUGAGGUUGUUGGAGAUGACGGUGGUGAGGCGGCGGAUGCGGGAGGAGAGGUAGCCGGGGACGAGGUCGCGGAGGAGCAGGGCGGCGGCGGCGAAGGACAUUGCCGUGGAGCGGAGGGAGGUGGAGGGACGGCAGAGGGUCAGGUAGGGACCACAUUUUUCUCGCGAUGUCUCUUGGUGUGA